AUGGCGGAGAGUCGCGUGUCGCCCAAGUCCUACGGCACAGUCCUCGUCAUUGGAGGCUGCGGAUUCCUGGGUUCGCGCGUUGUCGACCAGCUUCUCAACUUCCCGUCCGAGCAGCAGGGCCAGAAUGAAUCGCCCGGAGGUUCAAGUUUAGGCAGAGAGACUCAGAAGCACAGCUACGAGCUGCACAACCCUGCCACCUCCGACAUCACCUCAGUUACAUUCCCUAGCUUGCGUUCACGAUAUCCUCCCAUUUCCCCUACCGGCACUCGAGUCCACGCCCUCGACCUGCGCUGUACGCAGAAUCUCUUCUCCGGCUGCACAUACCAUGAAGCGGACAUUACGAAUUCCGAAGCCCUCCUCAACGUUUUCCGCAAGGUCAAGCCCGACGUGGUGAUCAAUACGGCCUCGCCAUCAUGGGAGGCGCCGCCCGAGGUUCUGCGGAAGGUGAACAUUGACGGAACACGGACGCUGCUGGAAGUUGCUGGUGGGAAGCUGGGCGACUGGGGCGGUAAAUGCAAAGUGUUUUCACACACGAGCAGUUCGAGCGUGGUCCAUGAUGGGGAUUCGGACCUGAUCAAUGCCGACGAGCGAUAUCCCUACGUCUGCCCGAACCCGCGCGAAUACUACUCGGAAACCAAAGUCUAUGCCGAAAAACUGGCCUUGGAAGCCAACGACAAGCCGGAGUACGGAAACAUGUUGACCUGCGCCGUGCGCCCUGCCGGCAUCGUGGGUGAAGGUGACAGAGGAGGGUUCAGUGGUGCCAUCUUACGGACCGCAAGCGUCGCGCCCGCAUGGCAAUUGCACAUUCAACUCGGGACCGGGAACAAUCUAUUCGACAAUACCUAUGUGCACAAUGUGGUCUACGGCCUUCUCUGCGCCACGGAUGCCCUGCUCGCCACCAACGCACGCCGCCGGUCCGGCUUGGCCGUGGAGCUCGAUCAUGAACGGGUCGACGGCGAGGCUUUCAACGUGACCAACGAGCAGCCAGCGUAUUUUUGGGACUCGUCGCGCUACCUCUACAGCCGCUACGGUCGGAACAUUGACAUCGACAAGAUCUGGGCCAUACCGACGGGCCUGGCUUACGCCGUGGGCGCCGCCGCCGAGACAUUCAACUGGCUCACCGGCCGCAAGGGAAAGCUCAAUCGGCAAACGGUCAAAUAUGCUUGCAUCCACCGAUUCUAUUCCUGCGACAAAUUGAGGCGCCGGACGGGAUACAAACCCAUCGUUCCUAUCGAUGAAGGCUUCGCCCGCGCGGUCAAAUGGUACAAACUCGACGAAGAACAGUCGCGCCAGACCGAGGGUCAAAAGAAAGUGCAAUAA